GAGGAGGGGAGAGAGGAAGAGAAGGAGCCACUAGCGUCAGUGAGAGAUAGGAGUCCGAAAUGAGUGAGUGUGCUUGAGAGUGGAGAAAGAGCUGUAAACAUUUUAAACCCUGAGGCUGGACAGGAGGAGGGAUUUCCCUGACUUUGUGCCCUUUGCAAACUUUUUUUUUUGUGCCCUUGCGGAGCUGUGUCUUCUUCUGUGUGGGAGGUACAGGCAGGGGCUAUGCAAAGUAAAAGAAGUCAGAGGCAGGGGUAGGGGUUUGCAAACCGUGGAAAGAGAGAGAGAGAGAGAGAGAGUGACAGAGAGAGAGAGAGAGGAAAGAGAAAAGGAGCUACCCUGCAAGAAAAGAACCAUGCAAGUGGAUGCUGUCUUCUGCAGGAUCAGAUUACACAAAAUGAGAAACUACUCUAGGAGCACAUCAUCAGGGCUCAGCCAGCUCAGAGAGGAUGCCAGCUGCUAGCACCAUGACUGGUGGGAGGGCCCUGCUGCUCUGUACUAACACUGACAACUGUAUCUACCAAUCAGUUAACGGGCUCCAGUGCUGUGGCUUGAAGGUCGGGGAGGCUCCGUCGCUUUCGGUGCCCCAGCGCCAAGAGGUGUGCGGGUCACCAGGGGACAAAGACAGGAAGGACAUCCCUGCGUCCACCAAGCGUCCCCUCUCCCCCUCACUAAGCCUGACCGACAGCCCGGGUCCUCCUGACACCAUGCUGGCUCAAAGGAGAACCACCACCACCACCAGUGACCAGCGGACUCCCAACAUGGAGAAUGGCCUGUGUGGCAAGCUGAACAACAAUAAGAGCCCAGCAGGAGUCAAGACUGCCAGCAUCCGCGAUAAGAUUUCACAAUGGGAGGGCAAAAAGGAGUCCCCCCCUCUUACUUCUUCAGGGACAUGUCCACUGAGCAUGACACAGAAGGACGUUGAGACAGUGAGGAAAAAGGACUCCAAAGCUUCAGAGUUUCAAAGGACAGACAGCAAGAAAUUUGUCAGCUGGGACAGACAGGACUCAGGGAAGGAGAACGUUGGAAAGCUGGGGGAUUCAAGGCCUAAGUCUCCAGAGGGCCAAACAAACAAGGACAGAGAAGUAAUCUUAGAGAGGGGAUGUUUGGCUUCAAAGCCAACAGAACAACCCCAAGACAAGAAAACUGUUUUAACUCAUGUUAAGAAACUGGAGAAGGCAACAAAGGAGGUUCCUGACAGACCUUCGCUGGCAUUUCCAGGGAAUUACUUCUGUCCUCCCUCAAAGGAGGAACUGGAAGAAACCGAAAAAAAGGCCAAUGAGCCCAUUUUUGGGACUUUUGAUGUGGCUCGGCAUGGAGGGUCUCGGAGGAGGAGGGAGGGGGAUCCAGAGAAUGUGUACAGUGAACCAGGUGCACCUUCUAUAAACCCUUUACCUAAACCUCAAAGAACCUUCCAGCACCACACACCCCCCACUACUCCAACUUCAGGACCAGGCUCGGGGAAGGGACGGAGGAACUUGCCUCCUCUGCCCUCAAUUCCUCCCCCACCUUUACCUACAUGCCCACCCCCUGGAGUUUGCAGAAGACCCUGGGCAGACAGACCCAGGGACAGCAAUAAUAGGAAGUCCUACGAAUUUGAGGAUCUGCUCCAGUCGUCUUCAGAAAGCGGCCGGGUGGACUGGUAUGCUCAGUCCAGACUGGGCCUUACACGCACUUUAUCAGAAGAGAAUGUCUACGAGGACAUAAUAGAUCCUCCAUCCAAGGAAAACCCUUAUGAAGAUAUAGAGCUGGAGAGAAGUUGUUUGGGAAGCAAAUGUGUUUCACCUGCCUCCCCAUCUCCCAUACCUGACACACCAUCUAAGCUCUCCUCAAAGCCCGGUUUCUUCAGACAAAAUGCAGAACGGCGAAGCUUCAAACUUCUUGAACUACGCAAGGCCAGCAGGGACACUGGCAUCUCGUCUCCCUCCCGUAUCAGCCCCCCUUCUACACCCAGCAGCCCAGACGACACCCCCUGUCUCUCUGGAGACCCGUACAAUCGCAGGCGGAGGAAAAUCCCAAAGAUGGUGCUGAAAAUCAAUGGCAUCUUUGAGGCAAGGAGAGGGAAGAAACGCAUGAAGAGGGUGUCUCAGUCCACAGAGUACAGCUCAGGGAGAGUGACUGAUGAGAACAGUGAGUCAGAGAGUGACACGGAGGAGAAACUAAAAGCACACAGUCAGCGCCUGGUGUCGGUCCAAUCCAUGCUGAGGCAGACAGGGCGGUACCGGACGUUGGAAAGGGAUCUGAUGGAGUUGCAGGAGAGGAAUCUAUUUGAGUAUUUCAUAGUUGUUGCACUCCACAAGACCAAAGCUGGAGUCCCAUACCUGCCAGAAGUCACACAGCAGUUCCCCCUGAAGCUGGAGAGGAGCUUUAAGUUUAUGCGGGAAACUGAGGACCAGCUGAAGGUCAUCCCUCAGUUCUGUUUCCCUGACGCCAAAGACUGGGCGCCUGUCGACAACUUCCCCAGUGAGACAUUCUCAUUUGUCCUGACUGGUGAGGAUGGGAGCAGGCGGUUUGGAUACUGUCGCCGGUUGCUGCCCAGUGGUAAAGGCAGAAGGCUCCCUGAGGUUUACUGCAUCGUCAGCCGCCUGGGCUGCUUCGACCUCUUUUCCAAGAUCUUGGAUGAAGUAGAGAAAAGGAGGGCUAUCUCUCCUGCUCUUGUGCAACCUUUCAUGAGAGGCAUAAUGGAGGCUCCUUUUCCUGCUCCAGGAAGAACCAUCACUGUCAAAAACUUCCUACCUGGUUCUGGGACAGAGGUGAUAGAGUUGUGUCGGCCCUCAGAUUCCCGUCUGGAACACGUGGACUUUGAAUGUCUCUUUUCCUCCCUGAGUCUACGUCUCCUCCUGCGAGUGUUUGCCUCUCUGCUUCUGGAGCGCAGGGUCAUCUUCACUGCUGACAAACUCAGCACCUUGUCUCAGUGUUGUCAUGCAGUAGUGGCUCUGCUCUACCCUUUCACCUGGCAGCACACGUACAUUCCCGUACUCCCACCCUCCAUGUUGGAUAUCGUGUGCACCCCCACCCCCUUCAUAGUCGGCCUCCUCUCCAGCUCUCUGCCUCGACUCAAGGAGCUGCCCAUAGAAGAAGUCCUGGUGGUUGACCUCUGCAACAGCCGCUUCCUACGACAGCUGGAUGAUGAGGACUCCAUUCUUCCUCACAAGCUGCAGGCGGCUCUCGAGCAUGUGCUCGAUAAGAGGAGGGAGCUGGCCUCUGAGAAAGGAGAUCUACCCAGUGACUCCAGCUCCCUCAGCACAGUGGUGUCAGAGGCCUUUGUGCGUUUCUUUGUGGAGAUGGUGGGUCACUACUCUCUCUUCAUGGGCGGAGCAGAGCGAGACGACGAGUCUGUCUCCUCCCCGACGUUGCCCAGCCCCUCGUCUUCCUCGUCAUCCUCCUCCUCCUCCCCCGUCUCGUCCUUUCAGCGUGAUGCCUUUCGCAAAGCGGUCACGUCCAAGAGCUUGAGGAGGUUCUUGGAGGUGUUCAUGGAGACGCAGAUGUUCACCGGCUUCAUCCAGGAGAGAGAUCUGCGCCGUCAGGGCCUCAGAGGUCUAUUUGAAGUGAGAGCACAGGAGUAUCUGGACUCACUGCCUGGGAGCGAGCAACGAGGAGUCAACAAGUUCCUCAAGGGUCUAGGAAACAAGAUGAAAUUCCUCUCCAAGAAAUGAUUUCUGGAUCCAGGAAGGCGUGGUCGAAAGUAUGAAAAAAAGAGUUGUUAAGACAACAUAAAGACUAGAGGAUGCGCUCCCUGGACGUGGAGAACGUACUACGUGGAUGUUUGAGAAAGGCAAACUUGAACUGGACCUGGAGGUAGUGAACUCGAAGGAUUCUGGGGAAUUAUCCAAUAAUGUUGGGAGGGGUUAACUCAGCUUGGACCAAAGACCCCUCCAACACAACGUAGUGAUAUCCAACAGAGCGUUGAUGUUUUACAGAUUCUCAUAAUUCCCUGCAGUGUGUUUCUGUGCAGCACCAGUCAGUGUAAAUGUUUAUUUUAGGAUCAGUGUUCUCCUUUUUUUCCAUCAUCGACUUCACCUGGAAAACCUGUAAGGAGGAGUGUCUCAUUGUGUACAAAACUUUCCUAUACAUUCCAAGUAUUUUCUAUAGGAGCUUUUAUAAAUACAGUAGUACAACUUCUUCAUCAGCAGGAGGCUUUUAAGUUAAUUUAUAUUCUUUUUUUCUUUAGAUAAACUUAAUCUCAAAUGUUUUAUUUUAAAUGAGUGCAAAUAAAUGUCCUGUAGUUUGUAAUAGGCUUAAUUUAACAGAGUCUAGAGCAGACUGUUUGUAGACCACUUUGGGUUGUUGGGUAAAUGUACCACUGUUUGAGUAAAUCUUCUUUGAUUGGACAAAAGAAACAAGCAUAAAAAAAAAAGGAAGAAUGAGGACAAUGUAAAGAUGGAAGAAAAACAAUGUGAAUGUGUGUCACACUUUGGUCUGAGUAAAAGGUUUGGAAGUUGACGGAGGAUGUGCAUGUUAGGCUAAUCUGUAUCAUUGUGUCUCACAAAAGCAACUCGGUUUGCCUUAAACUUGAUUGAGAAUGUGAUGAAAGUUUAUGAAUAAAGUGAUUCAUUUUUUGAAUAA